AAGGCUUUGCGGGAAACAGCACUGUCGUGGCGUUUGUGGGGUGACUGGGAGAGUUCGUAAGGCUGCUAUUUCCCCACCCCCCCACCGUUCCCCUUUCUCCUCUGAAGGCCGGCCCCGAGUGUCGCAGGGAGCAAGGCUUUAUUCCGUCUCUCCGCGGCGAGCCAGGAUGAGGAGGGCUGGGCUGGGUGAAGGAGCUGCGGGCGGCAAUUAUGGCUAUACCAAUAGUGGGUAUAGCGUAUAUGAGGAAGAAAAUGAAAAGUUAACUGAAAGUUUGCGGUCGAAAGUCACUGCCAUUAAAUCACUUUCCAUUGAAAUUGGGACAGAAGUUAAGCAGCAAAAUAAGAUGUUAAAUGAAAUGGACAAUGAUUUCGAUUCAACGGGUGGAUUUCUUGGUGCAACAAUGGGUAGACUGAAAACCCUCUCCAGAGGAAGCCAAACAAAACUCUUGUGCUACAUGAUGCUGUUCUCACUGUUUGUCUUUUUUGUAAUUUACUGGAUUAUUAAAUUGAGGUGAUGCAAACCUCCACUUUGAGAGUAUUAGUAUCAUGUCAGAUGUCUAGAAAGGUUUGUAAAAAGGGUGAACACUCUUUUGUACACUGCAUUAAGGACUAAUGCACCUGGUUCUAUUUUGUGCAUUUCUCUAUUUUUAUCAGGCGAAACAUAGUUCUAUUUUAAAAACCCUUAUUUUUAGGGUUCUUAAAUUGAAUUCUGCUCAAAUCUGAGCACUUUGUAGAGUCGUAAAAUAGUUACUUGGAGUGGAAGUAUAUUGUUAAAAUUGCAGAGUAAAAGGCUUUUCUGUGUUCAAAAGCACCCCUUCUACUUUGUAACUACUAUUGCUUUUUCUACCAAUAAAAAGCAAUCUCAAUUGAUUAUGCUAUGUAUAAGUUAUACUGAAUUUUGUAAAAGGAAAGAGGUGAUUCUAUCAAAGCUAAGUGCUGUUAAGCCUCAUUGUUUCAUUAAGAAAAUUAAUUACAUGUUUAACUUUGGCUAGAUUGUGUCCAAAAUGGUUUGAGAGAUAGAAUUGCUAGUUUCCUUAAUUUUUUAAUUUGCCUUGUGAUGUAUUUUUGAGGUGGAAGGGGGGAGAGCUGAGCAGAAUAGGCAAUUGGUCUAUUCUGUGUGAAGCAGUGAAGUAAGUUUCUUCCUGUGAAGCCCCUUCUGGAUCAACAUGGUCCUUGUGUCUAAAUUGUUCUACCUGGAUCCUGUUACUGGAUUGAGAUGAUAUGCCCAAUACGAAUAGAAUGGGGCUGGUACUGUUCAGCACUAUCUCAUAGCUUGCUUGUUCUGUGCAUCUCUCUAGAUUAGGCAAAAAGCUGCAAAUCAAAAUAAUGCUACAUUACUUAGGUUUUCAGUUGCAUUAAUUAUACCAUGGUAACUAUCCGUUGAGUUAUUGGUUAAUAUAGUAGUGAAAGUUAAUUUUAAAAAUAUGGAACUGUCGUAUUGGAGAUUUUAUAUUAAAACAUUCUGAUGCAAAAAAA